UUGCGACGGUGGCCGCGGGUCCCGGCCGGGGGAGCGGAGCGGGGACCCGCCGCGCACCGCCCGGCCCGCGUGCCGGCUCUCUGCCAGCAGGGAAGGUCCUUCGCUCCGCCACGCCCCGGAGGCUCUGCUCCGCCUUCCAGCGUCGGCGUGGACCAGGACGCGUGCUCCCUAGUGCGGCCGGGACUCCCCAGCGAACGGGCGGCUGGGGAUGCCGAGCUGCUCAAGAUGAGGAGGGGAGCGGGGCUCGGGCGGAGCGGCCUCGUCCCGUGGGUCUGAGCGUCCACCCCCGCCGCCGGGACUUCGGCCCCCCUGGGCUUCGGCUAUGAGCGCUCGGUGACCGGCGGCGCCGCGAGUCGUAGACCCGGGACUUCGGGAGGCAAUGCUGGCUCGGCUUUGAGUGGCUUCGGGACAGUGAAGAAACCCCUAAAAUGGAGGACUUUUCCAACAGGACCUACGGCACCAGUGGCCUCGACAACAGACCACUGUUCGGAGAGACGUCGGCCAAGGAUAGAAUCAUCAAUUUAGUUGUUGGCAGCUUAACAUCCUUGUUGAUUCUAGUAACGCUGAUCAGUGCUUUUGUUUUCCCUCAACUACCUCCAAAACCGCUGAAUAUAUUUUUUGCUGUCUGCAUCUCUUUGAGUAGUAUUACUGCCUGCAUACUUAUCUACUGGUAUCGACAAGGAGACUUAGAACCGAAAUUUAGAAACCUAAUUUACUAUAUCUUAUUUUCUAUCAUCAUGUUAUGUAUAUGUGCAAAUUUGUACUUCCAUGAUGUGGGAAAGUGAGUCUGCCAAGGAGAAAUACUUACCAGGUCUCUUCAUCAAAGCUAUAUAUUUGGACUUGAAUAAGAACUGGAUAAGGUAUGCUGAACAAUCUCCUGCAUAAGUCUGAUACAUGAUUUUCAUGUUAAUUGUAAAUCUAAAUUCCCUCUUGCAGGGGAGACAUAUCCUAGAUCACUUUGCUUUUUCUUUAAGGAGCUGAUGUUGCACUUAAACAUUCCCCCUUAAAGCUCAAACAGCACAAGUCAUUUUCACUUUUGAAAUUAAAAUUUUUUAUAAUGGAAUUGCAUGGCGAAAGGCUAUGUAACAAACAAUCUUGCAUUUUAAGACAAAUACUCUUUUAUUUCUGUUAAACUGAAUAUACAAUUAUUGUUCCCUAGGCAACCAACUUUUGCUUAUAACUACAAUUUCACGUUAACAAAAAACACAGACGGUGAAAAGACAACUUUGAUUGUGUAGA